UGGUAAUGAGCUCGAAUUAUCUUCUGCCUAAGGUUAUGAUUUCAUUAUAUUAUGAGCAUGUUCCUAUUGCCCGUGAGAAGCUUGAAAAACACGCAAGGUAUAUAUUCAAGCAUCCGGCGUUUAAGAUUAUCCAGACGAAGAAUUACGACAAUGACGAAGUUCGACAUCACAACAAAAUACAAAAUGAACUCGGGAUAUGAGAUCCCAGUUCUGGGCUAUGGCGUCUACCAAACUCCAAGCGCUAUUGCUGAAGAGGUUGUGCAUCACGCAAUGGAAGUUGGCUAUCGUCAUGUUGAUUCCGCUGUUGCUUACAAAAAUGAAGAGCCUUCUGCUGCAGGAAUGAGAAAAGCUGGCAUUCCAAGAUCAGAGCUAUUCUUCACAACAAAGGUUCCCCCUGGCCAAAAUGACUAUCAAGCAGUAAAAAAGCAUAUCGAAAAUACGCUUAGAAUCACGAAGCUCGAUUACGUUGACCUGUACCUUCUGCAUGCUCCAUUUGGUGGCAAGGAUGGAAGACUAGGUGCUUGGCGGGCUCUGGUGGAGGGUGUAGAGUCUGGGAAAAUUCGAAGCAUCGGAGUUAGUAAUUACGGUGUACAUCAUCUUGACGAGCUUGAACAGUAUAUCAAGGCUACAGACGCGGCGCAAGGCAAGGGUAAGGGUGGGAUACUAAGCGUGAAUCAGGUCGAGCUUCAUCCAUGGCUACCACGGAAGGAUAUUGUAGAAUGGUGUGAAAAAAGAGGAGUGCUUCUUGAGGCAUACUGCCCUCUUGUGAGAGCCCAAAAAGCCGAAGACCCUCUGCUGCUUCCUAUCGCAGCAGCACACAACAAAACAACGGCGCAAGUUCUCCUUCGGUGGAGCUUGCAAAAAGGUUUUAUACCACUACCAAAAUCAGUUACCAAAUCACGCAUCGAGGAGAAUGCCGACAUUUACGACUUCGAACUCUCUCCAGAGGAAAUGCGAAAGCUGGAUCUAGAUGUCUACGAACCAUGCGCUUGGGAUCCAACAACAAGUAGAGACUAGGUAGCAUCAAAAACUCUGUUCGCUCUUGGAAUUGAAAUCAGGUUGUGCAGUUUUCCGUAAGAAAUAAAGGAACAAUGAACAGCGUAUGUAAAACGGCUGAAUAUUCUGAUAAAAGUGCAGUUUGAGUCUAAAUUUGUAAGAGCGCACUAAUGCCAUAUCCUGCACCGAGUUGCUAUAGAAUUGCUGUAAGGCGUGUUACAUUUCUCAAGUGUCAAAAAAAAAAUAUUCGUAUAA